AUGGCACUAGAAGACUUCUUUACCUCAAUCGAGUUAAAAAAUGGACUCACAUCUCCUGAAAGAGUCAACAACCUCAUCACAGCAAUGCAGAAAGAUCAAGACUCUAUAGUCAACAAUCUUGAUGAAGCAACCCAGCAGUGGUCUACUGUAGCACGCACUAUCGCAGCCACAGAGGAUCACAACUGCCUUAAUCUUUUUAUCGAUUUAAACGGAUUAUCUUUCAUUGAUAAAUGGCUCAAAAAUGAUGCUGAUGGCAUCCUUUUUGAAGAAUCAACCAUUGAGUUCUUGAGAGCACUUGAAAAGCUGCAGAUAGAUAACCAGAAAUCAUUGGAUUCUGGAAUUGGCAAAACCAUGCAGAAUCUUGUUAAUCAUGUAAGCAAUGAGGAGGCCACAACAUCAGAUAGAUCAAUGGACAAAGUACGCACGAAUCAGGAGCCGACACCUGGCGAUACAAAUCUUUUGGUAAAGUCUGAAACCCUCGAUUCUAAAACAGAGAGUCCGUUAGAACAAAUAGCUUCAAGUGCUGACGUGGACAAUGUUAUGGAUUCUUCUGGAAAGAUGGAUGUAAUAGGUGAUAAAGAUGAAGACAUGGUGGAUUUCCAAAGUACAAUGUCAUUAAAGACUCCAAACCAAAUUGAAAGCCCAAAAACGUGUUCGAAUUCAGAAAGCGAGAGGGAAGCUGAGAAUGAAGAAAAUGGUUCACGUUUAUUUGAAUCAUCAAUGAACAAGAAGACAUCGGAUUUGGAAUUAGAUUAUGGAAUCAUAGAUCCUUUAGAGGUUGCUAGACAAGUAGCUAAUGAAGUAGAAAGAGAAGUUGAUGAUUCCAGGGAACGAAGUUGUAGUACUUCCGAGGGUCCAAAAACUCCGGAAUCCACAAUUCCGGAAGAAACUCCACCUGUCACGGGCUCGAAACAUCCCACAAAAGAAUCCGAAACCCAAACCCUUGUUUCUAAACCUGACGUUACCAUGUCUCAAGUUUCCGAAGUGGCUCAGGAAUCGGAAUUCAACACCGGAAAGGGAAUCCAUGGUGGGUUUGAUCUGAAUCAAGAAGUUUGUUCCGAAGAAGUCGACGAUAUAAAUCCGGUCUCGAUCUCAUCGACAGUGUCCGUUGUUUCUGCUUCCAGAGCAACCGCAGCAUCGGAAUUACCAAUUACGCCCUUGCAAUUCGAGGGUGCUCUAGGGUGGAAAGGCUCCGCUUCCACCAGUGCAUUUAGACGGGUCCCGGAAAGUGAAAAAUCCGGGCCCCACAACAACUCGAAACAUCAACGUUCGGAUUGUCUCGAUAUCGAUCUCAAUGACAAUGUUCCUUCUGGGGAGGAAUCGUCUGUGGAGGCGGGGCCCACGAGACCGGAAAGACCGCAGUUGGAUCUCAACAGUAUCGGUGAUGAAGCUGCUGAUGUGGCGCGUUCCGAUUGGUGGCAAAGUCCGUCUGUUUCUUCUUCUUCAUCAUCAAAACAACCUUCUAGAAACAUCGAUUUGAAUUUGACACAUCAGCCACAAGAAUCUGUUAUUUCCAUUUUUGGCACAAAAGUUGAGGUGAAAAACAAAGAUUUCCAGAAUCUUCCGCAACCUUCCGGAAGGUUUACGAAACCAACAGCCGAUUUCAAUAUAGCGAAAACACAUUACAACAAUCAGCUUUUUUAUAACAGUUUUCCACCGGGGCCCGCAAUGUUUUUCUACGGGUCGCCUAGUGGGCCUGGUGGGCCCGUCCAGUAUAUGGUUGAUUCAAGAGGGGGCCCGGUGGGACCACAAUUUAUGGGCGGUUCUUCGCCGUCAUUGCCUUUUAUGGUGAACGUGGCGGCAGGUGGUGGGUCUGGUGGUGCACCGCCAGGUCCGACACUGCAUAACUUUGAUCUGAACACAGGCUUGUCUAUUGUUGGAGGGAAAAGGCGUGAGCCUGAUGGGAGAUGGGAUUUUUUUCCGGUGAACAAACACCAGCAACCACCGUGGAGGUAG